UUUCCUAUCGUGAAAAGAAGCUUCUCGCUCGCCGUCGCCAGUUUGAAGGAACUUUAUUGAUAACUGUGAUCCUAGCUUGUUCGCCAUGGGUGCACGGAUUACGCGUGUGUUCCGAAACUUUAAUCUAGAAAACAGGGUGCAACGAGAAAUCUCCAAGGGGAAGCCCAACGUGGCUCCCCGCCACGCGGUCCAGCUGCCGCCGACGGUCAGCGCCUCCGAGGUGGAGGAGUUGGUGAAGCAGAAGAACGACCCGCUGCUGUCCCAUCUCAGGAACGUGUACGUGGAGUCCACAGAUCCAGUAGCAGCUGAAGCAGAGCCAUCGAAGAGAGUGGCCGUGGGGAAAGAAGUGGAGCGGCGCCCCCUCAGGUUCAGUGUGCCGGCCAGCCCGUUAGGCCUGGUGGAUCUCACAGAUGUUCCCAAAGGCAAACUGACCAUCGCUGAGGCCCUGAAGGCCUUGGGAAGUCACCAGCACCGACCCCAGCAAUGGACGCCUGAAAAGAUUGCACAGGAAUAUUCUCUGGACUUGAAAGACACAAAGGCUCUCCUAGAGUUCUUCAUCCCCUUCCAGGUUGAGGUCAUACCCCCCAAAACUACAACUGCCAAGCAGAUAAAGGCUUCUUAUGACUAGAAUCGUUAAUGGCAGCCAAAUGAGGAAAACUGUACUUGAUUUAUUUGUGUUUAGUAUAUUAUAUUGGGAGAGAAACCUGAAACUGCUGACAGAAGCAGGGAGUGAGUAUUUAUGGCUCGAUGGAAUAGGGACAUUUUCGAGGUUGAUAUUUUGAUACAAACUAAGGAAAACAAAUCAAUAACAGACAUUUAAUCUUGUAAUGCAGCACUGGUUAUCUGUAAUCCUUUUGGAGAAUGGUCACUAUGCGCUCAUUUCCACUUCAUUAGGUACACUUACUAUAACAGCAAUCCAUUAAAUCCCCUUAUAUGACAUGUUUAAUGUUCACUUAAUAAUAAAACGGCAUCAGAAAGGUAGUGAUUCAACUCCAAAAUGGUCUCCAAAAUGAAAAGACGGUUGAAUCAAAAGUUCUUUCAGUUAUACCAGAACGAAUGAAUACCAGAACCUCCAUGAAGCUAAGAUUUAGCAUUAGUUUUCACUAGUGUACCUGUUGAACUGGCAGGUCGGUGUAAUUUAAAUCCUUUCUUCCAUGGAGGAGAUCCUCUGAUGGUUGAACACAAAGCUGGAGUCAGGAUGGGGUUACAGCCGAGCUCAGGAAAAUGAUUUACUGAUUUGUCCCUCAUUGACGUUGCCAGGCUGUCCUAUGUUGAAAGGCCGUGGGCACAAUCAAGAUAACGAAAAUACGUUUUAAAUACAAAGACCCACUGACACAUUAUCCAAUAACGUAGCCGCACACAGAUCACAGGUGGAAAUGGGACACGAGUCUUUGUGUUAAGCUAUUACAUAACUUCUGCCUCCAUGACUGCAAUCACUAGAGAGAAAUAAAUGAAUGCAUUUUCUGAAGUACUGCAAUAUUUAGAAGCAAAACACUUGAGCGUGUCCAUUUUAUGCCACUUUAUGCUUCUACUCCACUAUCUUUACCCUUAACAAGAAUGGUAGUCUAAUUCGUCUGAGUCCAUUAAUUGAAUAAUACUUCAUGAGUACUUUUAACAGCUUUAAGUAAAAUUUGCUGAUACUACUCGUGGACCCUAUUGCAAUGCUGAAGGCAGGAGUGUGCUUUUACACACAAAUAUAGUAAUCAUACCUAACACACAGGAAAGAGAUCAGUAUUGACUUUCUCAUCUCACUCUGGCAAGGAAGCAAACAGCAGUUUGUUCCCAAUGUGGCAGCGGGAAUAAGAAUGGCAACAUCUAGCCAUUUAUUUCUACAUGUGUACAUGAUGCUUAUGAGAUGUGUGUAAAGAGCAAAAAAAAAAAAAAAAAUAAAAAAUACCAACACUGCAUAGCUUUGAUACUAUGAUUCACCAUGGCAACGGGUACAUAAAGAGUAGAGUCUCUAUUUUAAUCCAGUACAGACCGUGAUAUUUAUUAAAAACAGCAGUGGAGAACGGCGGCAAUAAGUAACACAUGUGCUGCUGGAAAUUGUAUUCAGUUUUAAAAUGUCUUUAUUCAGCCGUAACCUGACCCACGGUCGUAUGAUUAUAAAGUCCAACUUAGUAUUAAAGAUGUUGUUGAUGCGCAGGUGAAAAUGUGUCAGUGCAAACAGACUCUGUGUUUCAUUUAUAUAUGUGUGUGUCUAUAUAUAUAUAUAUAUAUAUAUAAACAAACCUUCCUCAACUGCAUUGAAUUACAAUUUAUUUCAACAUGACCUUCUGCUACACAUUAAGACUAUAUGUUAGAAAAAACAUUUUGAAAUCUUGGUGCAAAAAAAUUAUGUGUAAGUCAGUGAUGGUGCAAUUCAUACACGAUCACUUUUGACUUUUAGUUUUCUAAAUUAAGGACCCCUCCAAUCUAUGUACAAUAUCCUUCCGGUAUCACAGUCAGGAUGCUGUUAUUAAAAUGAAAAACCUGGGUAGACAACCACUUCCUAGCUCACAUAAAUGUUCAUUUGACAGGAAUGGAGAGGCAUAAAUUAAAUCUUAAAUCUCUAUCUUAGAUAGUUAAGCCUGGGACUAAAGCACUGAACAUUUAUCAGUUUUUGUCAAUGUGAACAUAGUUUUACCAAGUGUCAAGAUAGUAGGCGGCCACGUUAGUGUGCCGUUUUAAUGCGUACAUUCGAAGGAAGCAAGGUGUCUAAACAAUAUUAUGUGUGAGAAUGGGAAUGAUCUUGCUGCAUCAGCUGCUGCAUAUACGCACACUUUUUAAUGAAAAUAAAUAAUACAAUUCUUUUCAACCUUA